UGUUGCUACUUGGGUUGUACAUCUACACCAAACCACUUACACACUUACAUACUCGACGACAUUCACAACCUAGCGAAGCCACUUGUCUCAUGCUCUUAGACUUUACGAAACGGAUCGAUCAGACUUGCGAAUAGCUCAGAGACACCAUUUUCACCAAAAGUUCAACAGAUAUUUACCAGGGGACACCCAUUGAACGAAAAACGAGACCUUCCGGGAGGAUCACAACUAGAAAACAUGGCGAGGAGUCGUCAAAUGACUGCGGCCAACCGCGAGACCGCUGGCCGCAAUGAGAGACCGCUUCCCCCAUUCCCCGCAAAGCAAAUGUUUGUUCUAGCCUGCUGCAGAAUAUGCGAACCGAUUGCCUUCAUGUCCAUCUUCCCCUACAUCUACUACAUGAUCCAAGAUUUCAACAUUACCGAUGAUUCCAACAAGAUUUCAGUCUACGCCGGUAUGGUCACCUCCGCUUUCACAUUGGCCGAAUUCUCGACAGGAGUUCUUUGGGGACGACUUAGCGAUAAGAUUGGCCGAAAGCCAGUGCUUCUCUUUGGUCUGUUGGGAACUGCUCUGAGUGUCUUGGUUUUUGGUUUCGCCCCCAGUCUGCCAGUCGCACUCUUUGCGCGUGCCCUUGGAGGUCUCCUCAAUGGCAACAUUGGCGUCCUUCAGACAACUGUCGCCGAGCUUGUUACUGUAAAGGAACAUCAACCCCGAGCUUAUACUAUCAUGCCCAUGGUGUGGUGCAUUGGAUCGAUCGUUGGGCCUAUGAUUGGAGGGGCUCUCGCACGACCAUGCAUCAGCUACCCCGAGAUCUUCGCUCGUGGAACCAUCUGGGACCGAUAUCCCUACCUCCUUCCUAACCUCUUCAGCGCCGCCACCGUCUUCUUCGGAGUCAUCAUUGGACUUCUCUUCCUGGAUGAGACUCAUGCUGAGAAGAAGGCUCAGCGAGACCGUGGUCGUGAGGUUGGAGAUUACCUUGCCAGCUGGUUCGGUGGAGUUGCCAAGUGCAACGGACGAGGCCGCUCUCCCGAGAAGCAGGCUCUUCUUGAUGGAAAGCAAAACGUUCAGUAUCUCUCGACCAGUGUUCGCCCUGGCUCUGCUCACUCUGACGAGGCCCUGCCUGCUUACCGAAGCCAAGAGAAUUCGCCCCGACUUGCUCCUCAGCCUGACACACAAUCCCUGAACGAAGCCCCCUUGGAACCCAUUGUGGUGCGAAAGCCCAAAACUUUCACUAAGCCUGUCAUUAUGAACAUUAUCUCUUAUGGCAUUCUCGCCUUCCACACUAUGACUUUUGACCAGCUUUUCCCCGUUUUUCUGAGCACCAAGCGACCUGAACACCCCGUUCACGACCUCCCCUUCAAGUUUACCGAUGGAUUCGGCCUCGAGACUAAGAUGAUCGGUGUCAUCAUGUCGGUUCAGGGACUUUACUCACUCCUCUCCAACUAUCUCAUCGUCCCUCCAGUUACCCGACGACUUGGUUCUCUCCGCCUCUUCCGAAUCCUCGCAUUCUCGUACUUUGCGCUCUACCUGGUCACCCCCUACCUUGUGCUACUCCCCGAAUCUAUGAGAAUGCCGGCCAUCUACCUCCUUGUCAUCUGGAAGUGCACCUUCUCCACCAUGGCCUACCCCAGCAACGCCAUCCUGCUGGCCAACUCGGCACCAUCUAAGCAGGUUCUUGGAACGAUCAACGGAAUUGCGGCCUCAACUGCCAGCUUGUGCCGUGCUUUGGGCCCAACCCUGUCUGGUCUCCUUUACUCUUGGGGUCUUCAGACUGGAUACUCUGGACUGGCUUGGUGGUUCAGCGGACUUAUCACCAUUGUUGGAGCAUAUCUCAGCUCCCAAAUUACUGAGGGCGGACCUCAGGAGGACGUGAUGCCCGAGGAAGAUCCUCUCUUGGACGAGGGUCUCUUCACCGACUACGACGAGGAGGAGAGUGUUUAAGGAACCAGUCAACAUGAAACAACAACAUACGGCUUGGAUUUUCACCCGGAGUUUGAAUGUUUCGAGCAAGCGAGAAAUCGAAACAAUCUGGCGUCAUUUCUUUUAGGGACGGAUUGUAUAAAAGGGCAUGCGAGGCCCAUGUCGAAAAAUACCCCUUUUUUUUCUUCCAACACAGCGAUCAGGCAUGGAACAGGCGUUUUACAAUAAGAGGGAAAAAAGAAGACGGAUGAACU